AUGUGGAUUUCUGCACAAAUGUUUGUGAUUCUUGUACUGUUUAUCAGUCAUGAUGUUAGAGGAGGAAGGGCCACUCUUGGAGAAGAAUUGGAAGCUGGAAAACAUUUGAAGCUAGAGAACAGACCCAUUAUCAAAACCAUUAAGAGUGAAGAUAAAGACGUGGUUGAUUGUGUUGAUUUCUAUAAGCAACCGGCUUUUGAUCACCCUCUCCUCAAGAAUCACAGUGUCCAGAUGAAACCAAGCUCCUAUCCGGUAGGAUUUACUAGUGAGAAGAAAGUUAAGAGUUCGAACCUUCAAUCGUGGAACAGAAAGGACACUUGCCCGCCGGGUACAAUACCAAUAUGCAGGAUGACAAGAGAUGCUAUGUUCAAUGUUUCAUCUAUAAAAAAUCUCCAGAAGAAACACCCAUUUUCAAAGAAACUUGAUGUUAGCAUGUGGGAUGGUCAUGAGCAUGCAGUGGUGUAUGUGAAGGGGGGUGAGUAUUUCGGAGCCAAAGCAAACCUUUCAGUUUGGAACCCGCAUACACAACCCAAUGAAUUCAGUCUUUCUCAAAUUUGGGUCUUGAGUGGUCCAUAUGAAGAACUCAACAGUGUUGAAGCAGGAUGGAUGGCAUAUCCAGAUGUUAACGGAGACAAUCACACACGGAUCUUUACAUAUUGGACUGGAGAUGGAUAUAAACAUACAGGGUGCUACAACCAUUUGUGUCCAGGAUUUAUCCAGACUAGCCGCGAUAUAGCAUUAGGUGCGAAGAUUGUGCCCAUUUCUUCUUAUGGAGGAAACCAGUAUCACAUAAUCAUCCUUAUAUAUAAGGACCCAAAGACGGCAAACUGGUGGAUGAUUUACAAGGACGAGCCGGUGGGAUACUGGCCUUCUUCCUUAUUCACAUCCUUAGCACGCUCUGCAAAUUCCAUUGAAUGGGGAGGGGAGGUCACCGAUCUUCAAACAGAUGGGAAGCACACGACGACUCAGAUGGGUAGCGGCCACUGGCCAAGUGAGGGCUGGAAGAAGGCUGCCUUCAUCAGCAACCUGCAAAUUGUGGAUGGCUCUAACUACCUCAGAAGACCUGAGGGCCUAAAGACAAUUGCAGAGAAGGAAGAGUGCUAUAGUGUUCAAAUUGGGGGGCAAGGUGGUAAAAAUUGGGGUGAUUUCAUGUACUAUGGAGGGCCUGGUAGAAACCCAAAUUGCCCUUAG